AUGGACUGGCUCAUGAAGGAGAAACAAGAACACACCAGUCCACGCUGGAUAAGAAUGACACCACCUUCCAGCUUCUGCUGUCUUCUGCUCGGAGCGCUAGGCAUCUUUGCACUCGGCCACUUCACAAAAGGUCAGAACAACACACUGCUUUUCACUAAGGAAAAUACCAUUCAGAACUGCAGCUGCCCCAUAGACAUUAGGGACUGUGACUACAGUUUGGCCAACCUGAUGUGCAGCUGUAAAUCUGUCCUGCCUUUUGCCAUGGAGCAUACCAGCUAUCAUGGCCAUCUGACCAUCUGGUUCACAGACAUAGCCACAUUGGGCCACCUGCUGAAGUUCACUCUGGUCCAAGACUUGAAGCUUUCCCUAUGUGGUUCCAACAUCUUCCCCACCAAGUACCUGGUUAUCUGUGGGCUGAAGAGGCUUUGCAUCAACACGGAGGCCAAGCAUUCCUCGCCAGAGCAGAGUUUGCUUAUUCACAACCGAAGGGAAGGCAGCGCCUUGUACAAAGGCUGGCAAACGCGUGUGUUCAUCUCACUCUUAGAUGUGGCUCUUUUCAACAGGGACUCAUCUUUAAAGUCAUACAGUAUUGAUAACAUUUCUAGCCUCACCAGUGACUUUCCUGAUUUUUCUUACUUUAAAACAUUUCCAAUGCCAAACAGCAGCAGCUAUGUUGUCACAGUUAUUUACUAG